AUAAUAAUUUUUUAUUGCAAUAUAUAUUUAUUUUAAUUUCGGAAUUACUUUAACAAACAAACAUCAAAUACUUAUGGACAGUGCUAAAAGAUUAAAAGACGUCUCGUCCAUAGAUGAAGACAUGCGAAUGUUAAUAGGAAUAAUCGCAGAUGAGGAAACUACAACUGGAUUCUUAUUAGCUGGUGUUGGGGAAUCAUUUGACGUAAUUAAAAGGAAUCGCAGUUUUCUAAUGGUAACAGAAGGUACAUACGUAAAUGAAGUUCAAAAUUUCUUUAUUUCAAUCUACAGUCGUGCUAACAUUGGAGUUAUACUAGUGGCCUCUGACCUUUGGAAACAUAUUUUACCCGUUCUUGAGAUUCAGAAACGAAAGCCACUUCCCAUUAUAUUGGAAAUAGAGACAAAGAGUUCAUUGAUUAAAACCUUAAUACUGAAGGAACAAAAUACUGUUCAGAAGAUUGAUGUGAAAUAA